UACGAGAUAAAAAUAGACGUAAGUAGGUCGUCAACAUGGACGGCGUUCUAUUCAAUUUUAGAUACUUAGACUUGAUAUUCAUUAUUUCCUCUGUAAGUCUUUUGUUGCUAUGGGUCAGGUCGAGGAGACCAUCUGAUUAUCCUCCAGGACCAACACCCAUCCCAGUUAUUGGAAACUUUUAUAAUUUAGUAAAUACGGAUUUUAUGCAAUCACUGCGAGACCUGAGACAAAAACACGGAGAUAUAUUUAGUCUUUCGUUGGGGACGUUUUGGGUAAUUGUGGUGAAUGGCAGUGAUAAUUUAAAAGAAAUUUUAAUAAAGAGAGGAGAGAAAACAUCCGAUAGACCAAAAUUUUUCGUAUUCAAUCUAGUUAAUAAUAGAGGAAUAAUAUCUGCAAGUGGUCCUAGUUGGAAACAUCAUAGAACCUUUGCUUUAUCAAAACUACGUGACUUUGGGUUCGGAAAACGAAGUUUUGAGUCAAAUAUACACGAGGAAUUAGAAAUAUUUCUGAAUGAACUGGAAAAAUAUGACGAGCAAGCUUUUGAUAUAUCAGAAAUAAUUCAUACAAGUAUGUCGAACAUCGUAAUGGCCAUCACCCUUGGACGACGAUUCGACUAUAAAGACCCCGAAUUUUCGUACUUUGUUCAACUCUUAAAUGAAAAUUUCACCAAUGCUGCAGUGUUGGGUCCAGUAAACUUUAUUCCUAUUCUUGAAAAGUUGCCCAUUGACAUUUUUGGUGCAAAGCAAAUGUCGAAGAAUGCUGAGAGAUGUGAUGCUUUCCUUCAAAAUGAAAUAAAUGAACACGAAAAGACAUUGGAUGAAAAUAACAUCAGGGAUUUCAUUGAUGCAUACCUAGUUGAGCUCAGACAGGAGCGAGAUACUGAUAACUACUUUUCUGGUGCAAAUUUGUUAGCAUCGAUUGGCGAUCUUUUUGCAGCGGGAACGGAAACGACAGCAACGACUAUUAGAUGGGCUUUACUGUACCUCUUGAACAAUAUGGACAUCCAGCACAAAAUGUGGAAGGAAAUUAAUGACAAUGUGGGCAGUGGCCGACUGCCAAGUUUGUCUGACAAGCCAAACCUUCCUUACUGUGAAGCUGUUAUUCUUGAAUCUCUCAGACUUGGAAAUAUUGUUCCCUUUUCCCUGCCACACACCGUAUCAGAGGAUAUGUACUACAAAGGAAUGAAGAUUCCAAAGGACUCUGUAAUAUUUCCAAGUCUUGAUUCUGUGGUGUAUGACGAAAGCUUAUUUCCAAAUAGUCAUAUUUUUAAUCCUCAACGCUUUAUUGAUGAAAAUGGAAAACUAUGUGGUCAGGAGAAAAUAUUAACUUUCUCAUUGGGUCGGAGAGUGUGUCUUGGUGAAUCUUUAGCAAGACUUGAGUUAUUCUUGUAUCUAACAGCUCUUGUUCAGAGAUUUCAGUUUUUGCCACCAGAGGGCGACAAUCCACCAGCUGUAGAAGGAAAACUAGGCGUUACUUAUUCACCGAUCCUUUAUAAGAUCAGAGCAGUUAGGCGAAAUUGAUAACAAGUUGCUUUCUUUAAAAAAAAAGAAAUGC